GUUAUAAUUUGUCUGAUGAAGUUUUUUCCUUGGAUAUUACGUCAUCAUUUUCUACAGUUAGCCCACCAUUUACUGAUCUUUACGGCAUUUCACGAAUGUUAUUUGAAAGAACUGCUGUGUCAGGUGGUGUUAACAAAGAUGAUGUGUAUCUCGCUGUAGGUACAUUACAAGACCUUAUACUCCUUAAUCGAAUAGACCAUAAUGAAACUAUUACGGAUUAUUCAUUACUUAGAAU